AGAAUUGGAUUCAUUAUUUGUAUUGUUUUCAAAUAUCUACUUUUAAAGUUCUAUUGUUUAGAAUCUGGAGAGAUAAACCUGCAUUUAUUUAUGCAGAAGUACAUACAAUACUUAUCCCCAAAGGCAAUUUCAAAAUGUCUAAUGUUUAAGUCUACAAUGUUUUAUUUGAUUUCUGAUCAUACUUAAAAUAUAUAAUUCUAGAAUACUCAAGAUUAUUGCACCAAAUAAGGAAGAAACCUGUAACAUAAAUAUGUUUAUUUUGGCAUAUGCUAUAACAGACCUGGGCUUGCUAUGUGCAAUUUUAUUAGUUGGGUUAAAUGCAUUUUUUUUUUAAUUCAAUGGUCAAAAAUUGCAUUGAAUUAUUUAUGUAAAAGAUUUAUAUUGCCUUCCAUCUUAUGCAACUCAGAAUGAUUCACAAAUCUAGAAGUCCACACACUUUUAAAAGUGUCCGAGGUUAAGAAACACUGCACUAAGGAAUCAUAGGUGAUAAAGAUGUAUUUCUACUAGAUCGACAAGGGAAAUCCAAUUCUAAUACUAAUACCUGGCAGAGAGCUGAAAUGGAUUUAGAUUUACAAUUCUAAAGUCUUCGUCUUUUGUCCCGGGUGUUUAAUAGUGGAUCUCGUAAUGAAAAUCAAAUUUUCAAAAGCAAAAAGGAACCAGUUAAGUUACAGUUAUUCUCUUCUCCCCUUACGAGCUGAGCUCUGUUUGCCUAUCUUGAGCUUUAAUAGCGGGGAAAAGCUGCUCUGAGCGUGCGUGGUGAAAAGGGCGGCGGUCCUCGUGAAAGAGCUCAGUUUGGAUUGGUUGCCUUUUCCGCGGGUAAAAGAAAAGACGCCCAGCUGCUAGGCGGGGCUUUCAAGUUAAGCGCGGAAUUUUUGGUCUGUUCGGCUCCUUCCAGCCACCUCCACCGACCGAGCGACAUGUGUUCCGUGGUUCCCGAUUAUUCUCCCGGCUUCAAGAAGCCGCCGGAGAUAUUGCGCUUGAAGAGGAAGAGGUCUCGGAGAAGCGAAAUGGUCGUUCUUCCCGAAGAGGUUUCGUCCGUGGCAACCCUCAAGGACUCGCCUGUUCCCCCUCGGCUCGGCCCGGGGGGUCGGCGGCGCAACCCCUUCACGAACGUGGGAAACACGCCUCGCCUUCUGCCGGAACCCAGCCUGGUUCAAUCAUCUGCCCAGAGACUUGCAGGAGUGGAGUGGAUAAUGGCGAGGAAUGACGUAUUCAGCAGAUCCGAGAAGCAGUCUUUAAAAAGUCAUGACAAGGAUGGGUCCACAUUGAAGGAAGAGCUUUCUGAAAUAGCAACUGCUGAAACGUUGAUCAAAGACUCUUCUUUGGCCAUUUCCGAUACGGAAGUUCUUUCUUCACCAAGUUUUGAAUUUCCUGCAGACUGGAGUAUUAAAACUCGUCUGCUGGUUACUUCUUCUCAGUCAUUUGCAUGGGCAGAUCACUUAAAAGCUCAAGAAGAAUCCCAAGGAUAUAUCCAGCAUUGUAGGGCAACAUUAAUAAAUUUACCCCAAAGUAUCCAGGAGCCAAAACUUUCCACAGAACUUCGAUGUGCUUUCCAACAAAAUCUAGUAUAUUGGCUUCACCCAUUCUUCCCAUGGCUACCACUUUUUCCUCGAAUUGGAGCUGACAGAAAAAUGGUUGGAAAAAGUCAUCCUUGUGCCUUUAAUGAAGAACUCCAACAAAUGUUCAUGAAUGAAUGGUCUCUCAGUUUUACCUCUCUUUAUAACUUGUUGAGAGCCAAGUUAUGUCCCUAUUUCUAUGUUUGCACUUAUCAAUUCACUGUACUGUUCCGUGCAGCAGGACUAGCUGGAAGUGAUAUGAUCACAGCAUUAAUUUCUCCCACAACUAGAGGAUUAAGGGAAGCCAUGAAAAAUGAAGGUAUUGAAUUUGAUUUACCAUUUCAAGGAAUUAGACAAAAAAAAUUCAAUGCUGCAGCUUCUUCUUUAGAAACCGAAGUUGAAAAAGAUACUGAAAUAAUGGGCAGUGAAAUUGAAAAAGAAUUGGAAAUGAGUGGUGGUGAUGGCAGUGAUGACGACGAUGAUGAUGGAAUUUUAUGGCUGGUGGAAAUGGGAAUUGAAGACAAAAUUAAAAAACCAGACACAAUUUCUACCAAAUUCUGCAAAGAAAAAAAUGAGAUAAAAUUGGAUCACAGGCCUGAAUCUGCAGUGUUAGUAAAAGGGACAAAUACAUUCACUUUGUUGAACUUCUUGAUAAAUUGUAAAAGUUUAGUGGCUUCUGCAGGACCUCAAGCUGGCAUCCCUCCAACAUUGCUGUCCCCAGUUGUUUUUAGAGGCGCAACAAUGCAGACACUCAAGGCCCGAAGUAUAAAUGUGAGAACACAAGUCCAUUCACAUUAUAAAGAUCUAUUUAGUUUGGAGAUUGUGGGCCCUAUUAUGCCCCAUUGUCUCCAUUCUUUGUCCAUGUUACUGAAAUCUGCUCAAAAUGGAACUUUCUCAGCUACAUGUUAUACUCAUGAACCAACAGCUGUGUUUAACACAGGUAUCAGUGACAAGCAGCAUAUGAAGGAAUCUUGUAUCAAAGAACUUUCCAAUUGUGGAUUGCAUCCUAACACUUUAAGUCAACUUACUCAUAAUUCAACACUAGGAAAAUCUUCAAUACGGCUCCUAGACAUGAGUGAUUAUCUCUACACAUGGAAAACCUAAGCAACUAGAUGAUAAUUUAAAAUGGCCUAUCAAGAACACUUCCUUGUGCACAAUGAUCAAUUUUAUUCAUUAAUAGACUUUUGUAUAUAGUCCUUAUGUAACCGCUUUGUUGUUUUUCUUAAACUUGUAACAUCUGAAGUAUACAUUUUAAAUUAAAUUUUAAGAAUUUGAUGUAAUUGUGUGGAUCUAACGAAGACAGCUGGGUGAGGAAAAAAUGUUGCAAUACUCCCUUCUACUGUCCAUGGCUUUUUCCUUUAUUAUAUAUGUCACACUUCUUAAUACAAAUGCUGAGGCCUUCUUCAGAGCAUCUAUACUGCGUUAUACUAAUAGUUUUAACCAGAUUACCCUUCAGUAAAUGGCUACUAUUAAAUGGACUAGAAAGGCACCACAGCUUGCAGCAUUAUUUCAAAAAUGAAACAUAGUAAAAAUGAUAAUUUCAUAUUUUAGGCAGUACUGCCAAAAAUCUUUUGGAUGGAAAGGGUUUAAAAAAUACAUUUUUAGUUGUUACAUAUUCUUGCAGUAUCUUGAAUGAGCUGUGAACAAAACAGAUUUUUUUCUGUAAACUAGGAUGAAUGUCCAAAUAAGCAAGGCAUGUUAUGAAUAUGGACUGAGGUUAAAGUAUUCCUAAUAUUUGCAGUUCAGAGGUAGACUGAACUGGAUCAUUUAUUUUAUGUAUGUUCAUGGUCAGACUCACUCCCUAUGAAGGAAUCCAGGUUCUCAACUAGAAAAAACUACACAAUAAUUCUGUUGCUAAUGGUUGUGUACUGAUUCAGAAUUACUUGGGGGAUGUAGCAUUUAAAUCUCUUCAUUUUGAGAUUAAAUAGUGGGAAACUAAUCUUUGGCUGAUUGACAUAUGGUGAUAAAUAUAGACAUGAUUUCACCUUCUGCCAUAUAAUAUCAACCUUUAAUUAAAGGUCAACUAGAAAAUAGUUCCAACUUGCUCUGUCCUUGGAAAUAUUCCCAAUCCAAAUACAUCAAUAAUAUGAUUCUUUAGGUUUUAAAAAACCUAUUAAAUUAUAUAGCCUAAAUUACUUAGUUUUUGUAUUUCAUAUUAUAACAAUUUCAAAUCACUACUAAUGACUUUUGUUUCAGUGAUCAAAAUGUACGUUAUAAUAUUCUGUUUAAGUGGCUGGUGAAUAAAAUGAAGUUAUACAGCUUUAUUUGACCAAGCGGAAUACAACAACAAUAGCAUCAUACAUCCUCAUCCAAUUAUCGCUGAAUUAUUUGCUUACUACAAAUGUGUAUAAUCAACACCAGGUAUUGUAUAUGAAAUUAAUUACAAUUUCCUGCUUUUACGAAAACAUGCAGACAUUUCAUGUUGCAAUUCUCAUGAGUUCUGAUUUACGUUCCCUUUGCAUUUGUAUGUAUUGUUCUUAUACAAUCAUUUUCAUAUGACAUUCUGAUAGAGAAAUAAUGGAUAACAUUAUCUAGCAAAGUUGUUGGAUUUUGCUUUGAUUAAAAACUAUUGAACUUUUGGGUCCAAUAAUUAUCUGAUAGUUGUAGGCUUAAAAGACUACAUAGUUUUAAAUAAGCAUAACUGAACUUUUCCAAAACUAUGGGAACUGCAUUGUGCUACAAAACUGUAAACUACUUUAU